CGUUUCUUCAACCUACUCGCCGGGAUCAUUUCCAAGCUGCCUUUCUCGUUCAGCUCAUUAAUGGAUUGGACACUGCACUCUGGAGCUCGACUUUGAUCGAUGUCUCAACAUUCGGACGUAGACGUAAUCGCACUGCUGGACCACCUCGGCGUGCGCAAGGCAUGUAGAGAGGUGCUGCCCUCUUGGAGGACGACGAAUUCGGUGGAGGCGCGCUACGAGGCUUUGACGUCGCAUCAGCGCCGUUUCCUCGCCGCCGUGCCCUUCGAUGACUUGGACUUGCACAACAGCACUGAGCGCGUCGCCUCGCUCGUUCUGCUGCACGCGUAGCGCAAGCGUCUCGAAAAGCGUGUGGGAGGCUAUUGCAUGCAGAACAAUGCGCUGCUCAGGGCGCUGCUCAGGGCGCUGCUCAGGGCGCUGCUGCAACUCGGCAUUGCAGUCUACUCGACGGGCGCCAGAGUCGACGCGGCCUUUGAGCCAGGCAUUGAGAAGCUACCCGAGGAUCAAUGGCUCCAUCACGGACUAGACCACCUGGUCAACCUCGUGCGUAUCGGCGAUGGCAAGAUACACCUCAUCAAUGCCGGCAUUCGCAACUCGUCGAUCAUAUCGCCCUUGCUGCUGGCUGCAGAUCCGUCAAGGCCCUCAGUGAUGCUCAAUAUCGAACUCUCGGCCCAUCUUCGUCUGCGUCUAGAAAAUCGCAGCAUGUCGGCCCUGACCCGAAGCCCGUUCAACUUCUCGAGUGUUCAUAUCACGUCGCCGGUGAGGCUGGUGGACUUCGAGGUCAUGAGUUCCUUUACUUCGACCUGUCCGAUGCCCCGGUACACAAGGGACCCCGUCUGCUCAAGGUUUAUCCUCCACGAUGACGAGAAACCACUAGGUCAUGCCAGUCUGUUCAAGGAUCUCUGGAGCGUGCGUCGCCGCGGAUUCAUCGAGGCGCAAGGCCAGGCUCACACAGAGGAGGAGCGGUCCCGCGUGCUCGAGGAAAAGGGAGAUGGCUCGAGGUCACAACAAUGGACCAUAUACUUGCCAAUCAAGGUCAACUGUGCCUGA